CGUUAAUCAAGGGCAUUUGACUCGGAGACUGCACUUGCCGGGUUCCCCCUCUAAACCCUGAUUUGCUUCCCGACAUCAAGAUUUCGAAACGGCGCAACAAUGGCUUCAAGCGCCAGUAGGAGUUCAACAAACAACUCGUACUCUCCCCCCUUCCCGCAUCCCGAAGCCCAACUCGGCGGCACGCCCACCCCACUUCCCGACGUCCCCCUAUCAAUCAUCUUCCUGGCGCUCUACACCCUCGCCCUCCUCCUCUCCCUUCUUUUGCUCAGCCUAGACCACACCCUCACCCCUUCCACCAAACCACACUAUCGCCACCUUCAGCUCCUCCCGUCCUUAGUCAUAACCCUCCUCCUCACCCGCCUCGCCGCCCUAUCCACCCGCCUAGCAUGGGCCUACCAGCCGUCCUCGCUCGAGCUCGACAUCGCGUUCACCACCAUCUCGCAGGCAGGCACGAUCCUCCUGCUGAUCGCCAACCUGCUCAUCGCGCGCCGCUUCUUGCGGGAUUACACCCUGUUCGGGACCCACAUCGCUGUCGUCCGCGUGGCGAGGGCGGCGAUAUUCUGCGCUGUCGUCAGUCUGGUCAUGGGCGUCAGCGUGCACGUGGAUGCAUAUUUCACCAGGGACGAGGAGACGUUGCAGAGGUGCAGGGUCAUUGGGCUUGUGGCGUGGUGUAUCCGGCUGGUGGUGGCUGUCGUGCCUUUGGUGGCGGUUGUGGUUGGCGGGUGGGUGUUUCCUCUUGUGAGGGAGGAUGAAGGGGAUAGGAGGAGGUUUCGCGCAAGGGGUGGGUUGAUGUGUGCUGUCGGGGCGUUGUUGACGUUGGAGGAGGGCUUUAGAACGGGGGUUGCGUUCGAGGGGAGAGGAGUGGGUAGUCGGGCGUGGUUCUUGCAUAAGGCAUGUCUUUACUGCUUGGUGUUCUUGGUGGAGGCUAUGAUUGUGUAUGGACUUUUGGCGGCCAAGCUUGAUCCCAGGUUUCGGUCGAGGCCGAAUGAGCUGGCCAAGCGCGAUGGUGUAGAACCUCAGCGGGCCGAGGGGACGCGGUCUGGGUGGCUCCAGAUUCACAUAAAUAACCAGACUGAGGUAUUUGGAGGUAGCAGUUAGGUCCUGUGCGGCAUGUCGCUUGACGGCAUCGAGGUUCAGUUUGGUUUUGGUUCGUAAUCAAUGGCC